CUGGUGGUAUGGUCUUGCAAGAACAAGAUGAACUAGCUAGUUAGAAUGCAUGGAGGCCAUGUUGAGAUGGAAUUUACGCUAACAGUACCUGCUACCCUAACCCCAUUAUAUUCCGUGAGCCCACUAUUUUUACAAUAUAUAUACCCCAAUAUUCUUGAUUCUCCCUCCACAUUCUAAUUACAGUGAUGGCGGCUCUCCAUCUUGCAACCGAGAAUGGUUCCAAUACUUCCACUCCGCGCUCGUACCGAGACGACGGCGCCGCCGCCUCCAUGCAAGCGCAACCGUCGCCGCCGGUGCGCUUGAUGUGCAGCUUCGGCGGGAAAAUCCUCCCCCGUCCUUUCGACAAUCAGCUGCGCUACGUCGGCGGCGACACCCGCAUAGUGGCGGUGGACCGUCGAACCAACUUCUCGUCCCUCGUCGCCAAACUGUCAAAACUGUCGGGGUUUGGGAAUAUGUGCUUGAAAUACCAGCUCCCCAACGAGGACCUGGACGCUCUCAUCACCGUCACUUCCGACGAGGACGUGGAGAACAUGGUGGAGGAGUACGACCGGCUGCUGGUUCACGCCGCUCAGAAGUCGGCUCGGUUGCGGCUCUUCCUUUUCCCUAACGAAGCUGAUCACUCCACGCCGGCUUCCGCCAUCACCUCCAUUCUCGACGGCUCGGCUAAGAGCGAGCAGUGGUUCAUCGACGCGCUUAACUGUGAACCGGUUUUGGAGCGUGGACGGUCGGAGGUUUCCUCCGUCAUUUCAGACCCGCCGGAUUAUUUUUUCGACAAUUUGGAUGACCGGCCUCGCGAGUUUAGGUUGAAGAAUAAGAAGCUUUUGCAUGACAAUGUUUCGAAUUCGGAUCCGGGUUCACCCGCUCCGGUCGUUUCCUCCCCGUCGUUAACGGUUCCGCCUACCGUCACCGUCACCGUCAUGCCGGAUCUCCCACCCGUCAAAACAAAACCGGUUCCCGCCGUAGAAUCCAAAGAAACGUCGACUGGAAAUGUUUCCGAGCCGGUUCCACAACAGUCCGGGUACCCGGGAAGCCCGUUUUCGCAUUAUUCAAGACCGCAAGUGCAACCCGUACCCGUUUACUACGUGACGCCGGGUCCAUUCCAGCCCGGAAAUCCGAUGCCCGUUGGCGCUCCAUAUAUUCAACCACAAUUCGCAGCCCGUCAAGGUCAAGUUCCGGUCGGGUUUUCUCAUCCAGUUUCUAGCAUAGCCCAAUUCCAAGACGGCGGCGUUGGGCAAGCUAAGGCUUUGGACAACCAUGAAAUGUCUCAAAGGGUCGCAACCGACGGCGUGAAUCUGCCGAUGUUCCACGGGGUAAGAAACUCCGGAAUUGCUCCAAGUUAUGCGGCUGCGGUGGCCGCCGGCGGGGAAGAAAUGCAUGGACGACCAAUUCUUGAAAGAAAAGUGGUUCGAAACUCCCAAGCAUCAUAACAGAACCAAAAACAUUUUACAUCAACUAACAUAUCAAAUUCAGCAAAAGAAUUGGAUAGCAAGGCCAGAAUCCUCCCAAACUGAAACCCAAAUUGCUCAAUUUUCUUAAGAAAGAAACAAAAUUGCAAAUCCCAUAACUUUACCCAGUCUUUUCCAUAAUUGAAA